ACACGCUUUUAAAACUUGUUCUUUUCUUCCUUCCUUCCUUCUCUGUUCCUCACAUCAGAUUCUUUUUCUUUUCUUUUAUUUCUCUCUGCAAAUCAGAUUGUGCAAUGUCGAUGAGCUUCUUGGUCUGUGAUCAGGGAUAUCAUUCUUAAUAAAAACAACAACCACACUUUCUCCGUUUCUCGUGGUUCAUGCUAUGGCGGCAGAGGCGGCUUUGUUCUUUUCUGUGGCAUCAGUGGUGGAGGACGUGCUUCAGCAGCACGGUCCUCGCCUCAAAGAUCUUGAUUUGGAAUCUAGGAAAGCCGAAGAAGCUGCAUCAAGAAGAUACGAAGCUGCGGGGUGGUUGAGAAAAAUGGUUGGAGUUGUUGCAGCCAAAGAUUUACCAGCAGAACCCUCUGAGGAAGAGUUUAGGCUUGGUUUGAGGAGUGGGAUUAUUCUCUGUAAUGUUAUUAAUAAAGUUCAAUCCGGGGCGGUACCCAAGGUUGUGGAGAGUCCUGUUGAUUCUGCAUUGAUCCCUGAUGGGGCACCAUUAACGGCAUAUCAGUAUUUUGAAAACGUGAGGAAUUUUCUGGUGGCUGUCCAAGAAAUUGGAAUUCCUAUCUUUGAGGCAUCUGAUCUGGAACAAGGAGGAAAAUCAUCUAGGAUUGUCAAUUGCGUGUUGGCCCUGAAAUCCUACAGUGAAUGGAAAAUGAGCGGGUCAAAUGGUGUGUGGAAAUUUGGUGGAAAUCUCAAACCAACUGUGUCUGCAAAAUCUUUUGUGAGAAAAAAUUCGGAUCCAUUUACUAAUUCCUUGUCAAGGACUUCGUCGCUCAAUGAUAAAUCUAUUGCUGCUCUUAAUUCUGAUGUUGAGAAUAUUAAAAUGUCUGGUUCCCACUCUUUGAGUAUGCUUGUUCGGGCAAUUUUAUCAGAUAAGAAGCCAGAUGAAGUUUCAACGUUGGUUGAAUCUGUUUUAAACAAAGUUGUAGAGGAGUUUGAGCAACGAAUUGCAAGCCAAGGUGAACAGACAAAAGUAACUUCAAGAGAUCCUGUUUCUCAGAGCAACGGGUCUGCCAUGGCAGAUAAAAAGGGGGAGAAGAAGAUUCAUGUGGCAACGAAAAAAGAGGAUUACAUUCAUAAAAAUCAAGUUGCUACUAUGGUAACAACAAAAAAAGAGGGCCACAGUCAUAAAAAUCAAGUUGCUGAUGAGGAAUCACAAAGGCAACUUAUGAAGCAGAAAAUGCUCUUCGACCAGCAGCAAAGAGAAAUUCAGGAGCUAAGGCAUACUCUUCACUCCACAAAAGAUGGUAUGCAGUUCAUGCAAAUGAAAUUUCAUGAGGAGUUCUCCAAUCUUGGCAUGCACAUUCAUGGCUUAGCUAAUGCUGCUUCUGGAUAUCAUAGAGUUCUUGAAGAAAAUCGCAAACUAUACAAUCAAGUCCAGGAUCUUAAGGGAAGUAUUAGGGUGUACUGUCGUGUAAGACCCUUCUUUCCUGGACAAGCAAACCAUUUGAGUGCAGUGGAAAAUAUAGAAGAUGGAACUAUCACAGUUAAUAUUCCUUCAAAGAAUGGGAAGGGACGCAGGUCCUUCAACUUUAACAAAAUCUUUGGACCAUCUGCAACCCAAGCCGAGGUCUUCCUAGAUAUGCAGCCACUCGUUAGGUCUGCUCUUGAUGGUUUUAAUGUUUGCAUAUUUGCAUAUGGCCAAACAGGAUCAGGAAAAACCUACACUAUGACUGGACCAAAAGAGAUCACAGAGAAAAGCCAAGGUGUAAAUUACAGGGCUCUAAGUGAUUUGUUUCUUAUAGCAGAUCAAAGGAGGGACACUUUCCACUAUGACGUUUCUGUUCAAAUGAUUGAGAUUUACAAUGAGCAAGUCAGGGAUCUGCUGGUCACUGAUGGAACAAACAAAAGAUUAGAAAUUCGAAGUAGUUCUCAAAAAGGACUCAGUGUGCCAGAUGCAAGCCUUGUUCCUGUAUCAUCUACUAUUGAUGUUAUUGAACUAAUGAACCUUGGGCAAAGGAACCGUGCAGUUGGAGCAACAGCCCUUAAUGACCGCAGUAGCCGAUCUCAUAGUUGCUUGACUGUUCAUGUUCAGGGAAGAGAUUUGACAUCUGGAGCUAUCCUUCGUGGUUGCAUGCAUUUGGUUGACUUGGCAGGAAGUGAGAGGGUGGAUAAAUCUGAGGCCACAGGAGAUAGACUAAAAGAAGCACAGCAUAUUAACAAAUCUCUUUCAGCUUUGGGAGAUGUCAUUGCUUCCCUUGCUCAGAAAAACUCACACGUACCUUACAGAAAUAGUAAACUCACACAACUACUCCAAGAUUCACUUGGAGGACAGGCCAAGACACUAAUGUUUGUUCACAUAAGUCCAGAGAGUGAUGCUAUUGGAGAAACAAUUAGUACCUUAAAAUUUGCUGAAAGAGUUGCCACAGUUGAACUUGGUGCUUCUCGAGUAAACAAAGAUAGUGCAGAUGUUAAAGAGCUCAAAGAACAGAUUGCCAGCCUCAAGGCAGCACUGGCAAGAAAGGAAGGAGAAUCAGAACAUUCUUUUUCCAGCAGCUCUGAAAAAUACAGAACAAAAGCUAGUGAGCUAUCACCUUAUCAUAUAAACCAGCGAGAUCCUGACACUGUGGAUCAGCUUGGUUGCCGGCAACCAAUGGUUGAGGUUGGCAACAUAGAACAGCUUCAGAGUAAUACCACAGUGAGGCACAAAACUCAGAGCUUUGAUUUCGAUGAGAUAUCAGCAAAUUCACCACCAUGGCCCCCAGUGAACAAUAGUCUUGCACAAAACUAUGGGGAGGAUGACAAAGAAAGUGGUUCUGGUGAAUGGGUUGACAAGGUCAUGGUCAACAAGCAAGAUGUAAACAAAACUGAGAACCUCUUGGGGUGUUGGCAAGCAGCAAACAAUGGGAACUUAUCUGAGGCCUUUUAUCAGAAAUAUAUAGAAGAUUCUCCCAAAAUGUACUCGGAACAAUCCUAUACUAUGUUCAUGGGAGCCAACCAGUUUAACAUUGCGGGUUCUGAUGACAUCAUGGAUGAGCUUGAUGCUGCAACCAGUGAUUCCUCAGAACCUGACUUACUUUGGCAAUUUAAUCAUUCCAAACUUAGCAGCGUGACCAAUGGAAUUGGAUCAAAGACUAUGAGAUCUAUCUCAAAGGCAGCAAAAAACAGCCCUGAGUUGAGCAAGAAUGCUGUUCAUUCUUCUCCUCUAGGUCCUUCACCUUCAUUGAAAAACUCAAAUGGUGUCCCACAUCGAUCAGGAAGGCAUCCGGCUCCAGUUGACGUGAAACGUAGAACUGGGAAUAGAAAAUAAACGUGUUUACUGAAAAGGUAAAGAGAGUGAUUGUUUAUAUUUGAUUUUUUUUAAUUUUUUCAAUUUUUAGAUCGACGCGAGAGAGAGAGAGAGAUUGUUAUAAUUUUUUUUGUUGGUUUGUAUUUUGUAAUCACACGGGUAAUGGAGCAAUAAUGCUUGUUGCUUUGUUUGUAUCGUGGCAUUUUUUAUUUUACUCUACACUAGAUUUUUAGGGGAUGUAAAAAAAUGAAACUCCUAACACUGCAACGAUUUUUUAUUUGUACAAAUCAAUUUCCUUAUCUCUA